UCGCAUACAGAUUGCGACAAUUGCCGCUCGGCUGCGCGGAGCUGCACGGCAUCUCUAACAAUUCCGUCCCCUUACCCACAGCAGCAAACAUUGUUGGCGCGUGUUUUCUGACCCGAAUUAUUCGAUCAUAUGACGAUUCAAGAUGUUCGGCAAAAGCUUCAAUCCUGCAAAGGACAUCAAGCCUCUUGACGGCAAGGUCAUCAUUAUCACUGGAGGCAACACUGGUUUGGGCAAAGAGACCGUCCUACAGCUUGCGAAGCACAACCCGCGCGAGAUCUUCCUUGCUGCGCGGACGCCGUCCAAAGCGGAGGCCGCGAUUGAUGAGAUCAAGCAACUUGUGCCAGGAGCGUCAGUCUCGUACUUGAAACUGGAUUUGACUUCCUUCCAAUCCAUCAAGGAUGCGGCUAAGGAAUUCACGACGCGAUCGGACCGCUUAGAUAUCCUGAUCAACAAUGCCGGCAUCAUGAUGACUCCUUAUUCCAAGACGAAGGAGGGCUAUGAGAUCCAAUUCGGAACAAACCAUGUCGGCCAUGCUCUCUUCACGAAGCUACUCCUGCCCACGCUGCUCAAGACUGCCGAGCUGCCGUCUGCCGAUGUGCGCGUGGUCAAUGUAUCCUCCGCUGGACACAUGUUUUCUCCUCGUCUGGUGUAUGACCAGGAUCGUUUGGAACGCUACCAUACCGCUCGCCGAUACGGACAGUCUAAGCUGGCCAACAUCUACCACGCGCGGGAGUUGCAGCGACGGUACCCGUCCAUUACCGCCGCAGCUAUCCAUCCUGGUGUCAUCGUCACGGAUCUGUAUCUCCCCGCAGGAAAGUCGAUCUUGUUCUCGAAAUUCAUCUUCAAAUUGAUGGCAUUCUUUACCCCGAACGUGCAGGGCGGCGCCAGGAACCAGCUGUGGGCUGCGACCGGGCCUCUAGACAAAGUCCGAGCAGGCUAUUACUUCACUCCGGUCGGAAGCCAGAGCGGUGGCUCGUUCUGGUAUGGCCGAAAUGCAAAGAUGGCAGAACAAUUAUGGGACUGGACUGAGGAACAGAUCAAGAAGCAUGAGUAAAGUCACGAACUUCCAUGUCGUCGACGUCAUCCCGGCGAGAGUCCACAACACGUCCAGGUUUAGUCAGGAUCAUUUCGUUUGUUAAAAUCGCAGAUACCAUUUUGCUUUCGCAGCGGCGCAUAUAGCCAAUAAUAUAUUUCCUUGACAUGUCAAUCAGCAUAUGACACACAAGAGGCAUAUUGCGAAGGUGCGCAUGGCGCAAUCUAAUAUCAUCUUUACUUCGGG